AGAACAUGUCUCUCACAAAGGAUCUCCUUCAUCCCUCUCCAAAAGAGAAGAAAAAGCGCCUGGUGCAGAGCCCCAAUUGCUACUUUAUGGAUGUGAAAUGCCCAGGAUGCUAUAAAAUCACCACGGUCUUUAGCCAUGCACAAACAGUAGUCUUGUGUGUUGGCUGCUCCAUGGUCCUCUGUCAGCCUACAGGUGGGAAAGCAAGGCUGACAGAAGGAUGCUCCUUCAGGAGGAAGCAGCACUGAAAGCCCCUGAUUCAAGAUGAGUGGAACCUUCCCAAUAAAUACAUUUUGGAUAUAUA